AUGAAUAAAGAAGAUUUAGAUCAAAUUUUGGAAACUAUACAAUCACCUUCAUCGAUAAAUAUCAGUUACGACAAUUGUGAUUUCCCUGGAAAUAAUGAUUUAAUUACGAAGGUGGAUUUAAAUAACAGUGCUGAAGAAGUAUCAGAUCACUUAUCUCAAAUUAAUAAAUUCGAGAAUUCUACCUCUUCUAAUGUCACUGAUGUUCAACAUCACGUUACAUAUUCGUCUAGAAUUUCAUCACCAUUAAAGCUUAGUUUUAUUCCCGAGACAAUUAAUGAAUCGGAGGAGGAAAGUCAGGUUAACAGUAAUGCUCAGAUUGACAAUUCCGGCAGCAAUUCAUCAGUUCAUGAUGUCGAUGGCGAAGUUUUCAAUCAAUCCACAUUUAGUAAUUUAACAAUUUCAGAGGAACCGGAAGGUGUUUCACAUAAUGAAGAUACGCUCGAACGUAAGGAAAGUCGAAAAGAUAGCCUGUUUGAGCCGAUAAAUCGGCUUAAAGAGUUAAUGAAUUCUCAGCCACCCGUAUCGGAUAACCCGUUAGAACCUCUUGAAUCCAACACUGAAGUUCAUUCUUCUCAAGACGCGUUGCCUGUUGAAAAUUUGGUACCAGCAUCGAUUGACACUGACAAGAAUACCGAUGUAGUACUUAGUAUAAAGUUUAGAAAGGGACGCGUUGCACCUGAAGCAUUGAAUUCAUUUGAUAUCAAACAAAUAAAGAAUCAGGUGCAAAGAACUAAUGCAUACGCUGCGAAAUUAAACUCAUUGAAACGAGAAACCACAGGCUUACAAAAAUGGAUUAGUACAAAUAUCGGGAAAGAACCCCCACUAAUUGUAAAAAAUUACAAAAAAAGAUCACACAGAACCUCUACUACUUUGAAUAAUAGCUCUAUUAAUAUUAAUAAAAUAUAUUCUAAUCCUGCUUUAGCCAUAAGUACCAGCAGUCAGCCAUCAUUAUCAACUGUUUCGAGUACAAAUACAGAAAAUUCUGCAGAUAUUUCGUUUACAAACUCAAAUACGAUGAGCUCUGAUAAAACAGCAAGAUCGAGUACUUCUCGAAAUUCUUUAGAUUUAGCAAUUCAGGCUAGUUCAUUAAGAGGUCGUCCCAUAUCACCUCCUUUAUCACCUAGAUCGAAGACGCCUAACUUUCUUAAUAUAACUCGACACAAUAGUUUUAGUAAAUCUAAUAGACUACCUAUUUUUAUGCCUCCGGCUGUAAUGAAUGAUCCUUCCGCUAAUUCACCAACCUCGCCUACUUCGUCUAGUAAAAUUUCGAAAACUGUAUCAAUUAAACCACGCCAACGUAGAUUUAGCUUUCAAUCUGUUUCUUCUCGUUUCAGUUUGGGAUCAUCAACUCCAACAUUUCCUACGGCUAUCAAAGAAAAUAAUGAUCCUUCUUUAUCCAAUUCUAAUUCAAUCGAAGUGGAUGAGACAGCAUUGAAUAAAUUAUGUGAUAUUAUACCCCAAGCAGAUCGUGAGGUGUUAUCCAAGUAUUUACAUGCUGCGGGAGGAAAGGAUGAUUUAAUGGCCGUUGGACUCUACAUGAAAGAUUUUAAAAAUGAUAAAAUAUCGUGUUGA